CAUCUUUUUGUUAUGAAACCGAAGUCCUCCGCUUGCUUGCUUGCAUUCAUUCAAUGUGUCCAUCGCAUCGCAGUUGUGGUUUUUCUGCGUCUUUUCUCCUCCUGUCAUUUAAUUUAACAUCCCCCCCUUAGUUAGCACUACGUUUCUGGAUUGUGGAAUUUCGGCUCUCUCCAUUGAGAGCUCUCUGUCUACGUUCUUUUUUGUGGAAUCGUAGGUUAUUCCCGCCAGGGUAGUAGUUUUGGUAGACUUUCUUCUCAUCCUGCAGAAUCUCCCUCAUCACUGGUGCUACGGAUGCAGGAAAUUGUGUUUUCAUUUGUUCACUUCCCAUUUGUUCCCUAUCUGAUGUAGGUGUUGAAGUAGUUUGAUGUGUCGUUCUUUUUAGCGAUUCAACGGACCCUGACCUUGGAGGCCAUCAAUGGUCGAAGCUGUAUUGAUCGCCUGUCCGCGUCGUCUUUCCCUUCGAGACAGUGAAAUUGCGGGUGUAGGUAGUGCCAAAGGUGCAAUUAGGAGGGAAAGAGAGAGAAAAAGGUUUCGAGCAACUACUUCUAGCCAUGGGAAAAGGCGAGUCAUCGUCAAAGAAAGUGAUCACCAAAGAAGAAUGGGAGAAGAAACUGAGCGAGGUCAAGAUUCGAAAGGAAGACAUGAACAGACUCGUAAUGAAUUUUUUGGUCACCGAAGGGUAUGUCGAGGCAGCUGAGAAAUUUCAGCACGAGUCUGGGACUCAACCAGACAUAGAUCUUGGCACCAUUACUGACCGCAUGGCUGUUCGAAAGGCUGUACAGUGUGGACAGGUGGAAGAUGCUAUCGACAAAGUCAAUGACUUGAAUCCUGAGAUUCUUGACACCAAUCCACAGCUAUUCUUCCACCUGCAACAGCAGCGGCUUAUUGAAUUGAUUCGCGCGGGCAAAGUAGAGGAAGCUUUAGAGUUUGCUCAAGAAGAGCUAGCUCCACGGGGCGAAGAGAAUCAUGCAUUUUUGGAAGAGCUGGAACGCACUGUUGCUCUCUUGGCUUUUGAUGAUGCUUCGACCUGCCCGGUGAAGGAGGUGAAAGAACUCCUCGACAAUGCACAGCGUCAAAAAACAGCCAGUGAAUUAAAUGCUGCUAUCCUCACAAGCCAAAGCCAUGAAAAAGAUCCAAAGUUACCAAGUUUGCUGAAGAUGUUGAUAUGGGCGCAAAACCAGCUCGAUGAAAAAGCAUCUUAUCCUCGAAUCAAUGACCUUGUGAAUGCUACUCUCGAGGAGCCUGUGACAUAACGUAUGACUGUUUGUAUAGGUUAGUCUGUGAAGCUCAAAGUUUGCUACCGCACUGCAACGAUUUGUUGGUUUAGGUACUCCCCAAUUUAAUACCUUCAAAUGGUCACAUCAUGUGUUUUGUCCCCCUUCUUCUUUCGUCUGUUCCCAGGAUUGUUCUUAACAGCCUUACUGCCAACAAGCUGAUUAAGACAGCCAGGGAAAUGUGCCGAUUCCAGUGCAGUCUUUUCAUGAUGCUUCUGGAGUUUUGUAAAAAGAUUAUGAAAUUGGUAGGCAGUCUCUUCGGGUCUUCCUAUAUAAGAACGGUUGUUUUACAAGAUGAAAUGCAAUUUUUCUGUACGUAAUGGGUUCUGAAAAUCAUACAGUAGGUUUUUGAGUU